AUGCUAGUUGGAGACUACGGCAGCAGCAGUGACGAGGAGGACGUGAAAGUCGAGCAGCCGAAGCAAAGGAAUAAUGGCGGUCUUUUUGGCUCUCUGCCAAAGCCUUCAACUGGGCAAAAGAGAGCACCCGUCCAGAUUAAGUCCGAUAGUGCCAAGAGAAGCAAGCAGAGCGAAGACGAUGAUGUGGCUGCUCUAGUUGGUGAAUCUAGCAAAAGGCCACAGCCCAGUACUUCCACUUCGAAUGGAAAUAGUCUGAGUGGCCUGCUGGGUAUGCUACCCGCACCAAAGAAAGCGCAAGUCCAGCAGCAGAAGCAGCAACAGUUUCACAAUAAAGAAGCAACACAAGAUAAGGAUGCCGAUCUAUCGAGUACGAGCACAAGCAGGAAUUCCAAACAUUCAGCACCCGUUGAUAUCUUCUCGUUAGGUGCAUCCACAAGCACAUUCAAGAAGCCGUCAACGCUAAGAACACAAGCACAAAGCGCGAUCAAGAUGAGCGUUGCACCCGAAUUACCAGAUUACGUCCCACCUGAUCCUACACCCUACGAUCCAUAUCCAGGUUAUUAUCGGAAACCAAGCGGUGAAUGGGAAUCUUAUGAACCUGCUUUCUAUCAGUCCAAAGUACGUCAGUGGCAGAUAGACGCGGGUAUUGACGUAGAGGCCGAGGAAGAGGAGGAACGCAAGCGCAAGCAAGGAUUAUCAGGAAAGGAUAUAGUGGAUGUGAAUGCUAAGGACAUACAGAAACAGAUGAGACCAACCCAAAUGGGAGCUGAGAAGCCGCAGGAACACGUCGAAGUCAGUGGACCGCAAGGCAGAGGAGCUAGAGCCCGUGGUCAACUCAGUUCGCUCAUAUCUGAAGCUGUUAACAAACGAACGGAACUAGAAGAGAAGAUUUCACAGGGUAAAGCAAAUCGCGGCAACGCUAGCAAAGUAUAUGGAUUCUAA